AUGGGAACGAAGAACCACUCCGUAGCCGAUCCAGUCUCCGACCCCAAGAAACGACGCCGCGUUGGCUUCUCCAAAAUCGACGCUGGAGUCACACCUAAUGAGUGUAUUAAGAUUUAUUUGGUGUCUACCAAAGAGGAAGUGGGUUCUCCAGACAGUUUCCUAAUUGAACCAGUUGACUUGAACCACUUCUUUGGAGAAGAUGGAAAGAUAUAUGGUUACAAGGGUCUGACGAUCACCAUUUGGGUCAGCAGCAUAUCGUUCCUUGCGUAUGUUGAUAUUUCUUUUGAGAGCACAUCAGAUGGAGGCAAGGGUAUAACAGAUCUGAAAUCUUCUCUUCAGAAUAUUUUUGCUGAGAAUCUUGUGGAGAAGAAAGAAGACUUUCUUCAAACAUUUUCUACUGAACGUGAUUUUGUUAAAUCUAUUGCCUCAGGUGCAAAAGAAUUGCAGAAGAAUGCUUCCAAUGGUAGCACUGGUGACUCUAGUCUUCCCAAGGCAGAACCUGCCGAUUUGGAGGUUCUCCAGGUUGUUGGUAUGCCAGUUGGACAUCUUUACAGCAGACUGGUGCCACUUGUCCUUCUUCUCAUAGACGGUAGCAAUCCUAUAGAUGUGACUGAUCCAAGAUGGGAAAUCUAUUUAUUAGUCCGAAAAGAUCAAGAAGACAGUCGUUUUGGGUUGAUUGGUUUUGCUGCUGUUUAUCGUUUCCACCGAUACCCUGAUGGCAAGCGUUUGCGUCUUGGUCAGAUAUUGGUUAUACCUAAUUUUCAAAGAAAGGGAUAUGGUCGCCAUCUUCUUGAAGUUCUCAACAAUGUUGCAAUAUCGGAAAAUGUUUAUGACCUAACCGUUGAAGAACCAGUGGAUUCCCUUCAACACGUCCGAACUUGCAUUGAUGUAGAGCGUCUGCUUUCAUUCGAACCAAUCCAGCAUGCACUUAAUGCGGUUGUUUCAAAAUUAAAGCACGAAAAUCUCUCAAAGAAAAGCCAACCUAUUCAGUUUGGACCUCCUACUAGCGUCAUUGAAGAUGCAAGGAAAACUUUGAAAAUCAACAAGAAACAGUUUCUACAGUGUUGGGAGAUUCUCAUCUACCUCAGUUUAGAUCCGAUCGACAAGUACAUGGAGAAUUACAGAAUUAUUGUUUCGAAUCGUAUAAAGGCCGAUGUCAUUGGGAAAGAAUCUGAAGGAGCCGGGAAGCGUAUAAUUGAUAUAAAAACAGAGUUUGAUCAAGAAAUGUCGUUUGCAAUGUUCAAAUCCAACGGGGAUGAAGCUACUGCCAUUGAGAAGGAUGAAAAUCAAGGCAACCUAGAGGAGCAGCUGAGGCAACUAGUAGAUGUAAGGAUGAAGGAAAUCGAGUUAGUCGGGCAGAAAAUCUCCGUGCCACGUUCAUAA